CAGCUUUGUGAAGCUCUUGUCAACUUCUUACUCGUAGACUGAAUUCGGUAGAUACAAUCUAAGGAAGACCAAGAUUUUCGAAUAUGUUUCCAUGGAUGAAUCCAAGUUCUGGAAGAAAGCAAAAUCCAAGAUAUGAUACCAGUUACAAAAAUUUCUAUAAUGAUAAGGCCUGUAGAAGCUGCACAUACAAACCCAACAACAAAAGUAAUUACUUGUACAAAAGCUAUGACCAACCCUACCAAUACAAGACAACUACAAACGCCUUUGUAAGUCCUAGAACAACGACAUUCCGAUCACCAUCAUAUUACCCGUCCACUCAACAAGCUUGGGAGUCGUACAGCUCCUCUGGUGGAGAUGACUUUAAUACUGGAGUAACUAACCUGAGUUACUCAAAGUCAGGGGGAGGUAAUGACUAUGGGAUGAAGAGAACGAUUAAGUUAGAGGACAAGGCUGAGCUACAACAUCUAAAUGAUAGGUUGUCUGAAUAUAUAAACAGAGUAAGACAGCUUUGGGAACAACGUGGACAGAUCGAUUCUUCGGCAUUCCUCAAAUCAACUAAAAUAUUGGAAGACGAAGUCUUAAAACUGAAGGACUUAUAUGAAUACGAACUCGCAAACUUAAGAGGACAACUGCAAGGAAGUGUACAAGAUAAACACAGUUUGGAACAACAGUAUGGAAGCUUUAUUCAAACCUCUAAGGAUUUGGAAAAGAGAUUAGCACUAGAAGUUGACAAGAACCGUGAGCUAGUUGGAAAUGUCACUAGCUACCAGCAGACGAUAAGCUGUCUAGAACAAGAAAUAGCUAAACUCCGAUCGGCACCACAACCACUGGAUGAAGGUCCAAGUCUUAGGAAAGAGAUAGCAGAUCUAAGGAGGGAUAGGGAAGAUUUCAAAGGAAGAUGGGAAAGAGAACUACAAACUAGAAAAGACGUAGAGGAAGCCUUUGCUGCUUCAACAAAAAAAUACGAAUUUGACAACAACGUCCUUAGACAGCAUGUCGCUGAUCUAAAACAACGAUUAGAGGCUACAACCGCUAAUAUACUGUCACUGGAGACACGUAUCCGUCAACUGAGUAAGACUGAUACAAAUAUCCCAGACAUCCUCAGACAAGUAAGACAUGCAGCGGAAGACGAGUUGAAGAAACAUCAGUCGGACAUUGAAUCUAGAUAUGGUAAAAGCAUUUCUGUAUUGAAAUCCCAGAUGGAGAACGACGCCGACACUAUCGGACGAUUGGAAAAGGAAAAGUCUUAUGCUAUGGGCAGUGUCGGAGAUUUUAAAGCUAAAAUUGCUGCCUUAGAAUCACAAGUAGGUGCAAUGGCACAACAAAAACAGUCAUUAGAAGCUUUAUUGGCACAAGAAAGGUCAAGGGCAUUUGGACAAAUUCAAGAGAUGGAGAAAAGAUUUAAAGAGAUUCAACAUGUACUGUUUGUUAAGUUAGAAGAAGCAAAGGUUUCCAAGGAUUCCUAUAUACCACUUAAAGCAGAAAUUGAAGCGAUGAAAAUGUUAUUGGCAGAAGAAGAAAGAAGAUUAAGUGCACCAAUAAAUUACGAAAGCACUGUAUCAAAUGUGGUUAGUUACAGCCCAGCAAUGACACGAACACACGUGGCUAGUUACGCUCCUGCAAUGACGAGUACAAAAGUGGCUAGCUACCACCCCGGAAUGACACGUUCUCAAACGAUGAGUUACACCCCUGCAGUGUCACGUGCACAAGCGUCUAGCUACAGCAUCCCUGCAGUUACACGUACUUAUGUAGGAACCGGUGGACAUAAAAAUACCUAUCACCAAGCAUCCUACAGACCUGGGUACUGCAGACGCUAUCACAACAAAUAUAGAUAUUGAGAAGAAUGCAUAUUAAACAGUGAGAAAUCGAGCGAAACUUCACAGCACCAAAUUAAUUGUAUAGAUGUAAAUGAAUACAUGAACUUCCUGACAUGCAAUGUAGAGCUUCUUCUUAACAGACUUAUCUUUUCUUUUAAAUUCAAAAAACAGUUAUGUAAGAGUAGUAAAUAUGACAUAAAUUAUUGUAAUCCGUCCAACUAUAUGAAUUGACUUA